AUGGCCGAAAUCGAAGAGGCAGACCCUGCACUUCAAAAGAAUGAUGAAAUUACUGAUUCAAAUGGCUCCAUACCCGAGGAAAAUGUGACUAAAGCAGCAACUGUAUCACCAGCUCUAGUAAAGCAGCUCCGUGAGGAAACGGGAGCAGGAAUGAUGGAUUGCAAGACAGCACUCUCGGAGACUGGAGGGGACAUUGUUAAAGCCCAGGAGUUUCUUCGCAAGAAAGGCUUGGCAAGCGCGGAAAAAAAGGCCAGUCGAGCCUCAGCUGAAGGAAGAAUAGAGGUUAACUGCGACACGGAUUUUGUCUCACAGGGUGACAUUUUUAAGGAGCUUGUAGAUGAUCUUGCCAUUUUAUUCCAAAUGAACAUUCAAAUUCUUACCAUAAUUCAGAGUUAG